CAACUUAAACUCACAAAUACUUCUUGAGCCUUUUUUACUCCACAAACAAAUGGCUCCAAGAACCUCCCUUGCACUCUUCCUUUCUCUCAACCUCCUCUUCAUCACUUACACCUCUGCGGCUUGUCCUAGAGAUUCCCUACAACUCGGUGUUUGUGCCAAUGUUCUCAAGCUAGUGGACAUAACAUUGGGAAAUCCACCUGUAACGCCAUGCUGCUCUCUCAUCCAAGGUUUGGCUGACCUUGAGGCUGCAGUCUGCCUUUGCACCUUGGUCAAGGUUAACGUUCUUGGAAUCAACCUUAAACUUCCUAUCGAUCUCAGCGUACUCCUCAAUGUUUGCGGUAGAACACCUCCAACGAACUUCCAAUGCGUGUAAGUUGAAUA